AUGUUUUUGAACAAAAAAGAUGUUCAGUGGAAUCGGAACGAACAUACAAGAUCGGCCUGCAAUAAUGCAUAUGGAUAUAUACCGAAUACUCAUGCACAUUAUAUUCGAUGUGAUAUUAAAACACCUCCAAAUAUUCUUGCUAAGUUAAUGUUUGAUGUAUGGAAAGUUAAAGACCCACAAUUAAUAAUGUGCAUUAUUGGAGGAGCUAAAUAUUUUAAAUUAAAUGAACGACUUGAAAGAGAAUUUCUGAAAGGUAUUAUUCAAGCUGCAUUGAGAGCAGGUAAAGAAAAAAAAGUUUGUAAAGAUAAAAUCUAUUUGAUUUAUUUUCAAGAUGGUUGGAUUAUAACAACAGGAUUUAAAACAGGUGUUGUACAACUUGUUGGUGAUGCUAUCCAUGAUCAUAGAUCAAAAAAAUCAACUAAUUUGAUUCAAGAUACAACAGUGGAUACCUCAAAGAGAACAAAAGGUGAACAAGAUCUUGAACCGAAUCAUACGCAUUUUUUAUUACUUGAUGAUGGAAUUUAUUAUGGAUAUGAUAUUGGAGAUUAUCGAACAAAAUUUGUUCUCGAAUCUUCACAUUAUAAGAAAUCAGAUAAUGGAGAAAAUGGUACUUUUACAGUAGCCACAAGAACUUUAGCCUCCAAGUAA